AUGGAAAAGGCAUGCAAUUGGGAGCAUCAGACUCUUAUAAAUGAGCUAACCCAAGGGAGGCAGCUAGCAAUCCAGCUCAAGAACCAACUUGACAAGACGAAAUCGCCAGAAAGCUCUGAGUUUUUGGUUGGAAAGUUGCUUUCUUCCUAUGAUAAAGCACUCUCGCACCUAAACUUGAGUGCUUCAAUGGGAGAGACUUUUCCGGUAAUCGGAAUGUUGGAGUCCCGUCAUUUCACUGCCGGAAGUCCAAGGAGUGAGGACUCGAACCGGUACAGCAAGGAUCAAAGUCACAGAAGUGUCUUGAAAAAGAGAAAGAUAUUGCCAGAACGGAGGAAGCAGGUGAGGGUUUGCUCGGAGACAGGGCUGGGAUGUCCACCUGAUGAUAGUUAUGGUUGGAGAAAGUAUGGGCAGAAAGAGAUCCUAGGAGCCAAAUAUCCAAGAGCAUACUAUCGAUGCACCCAUCGGCAUGCUCAGGGUUGUUUGGCCAUAAAGCAAGUGCAAAGAUCAGAUGCAGACCCUUUCAUUUUUGAUAUUACCUGUAUGGGAAGACACACCUGCAUCCAUGUCUCACAUUUGAUCCCCAAACCGACCUCACUUGAAAAAGAAGAGCCAAAACAGAACAAAGAUCACUACCCACCACAACAAGAACAAGAACUUCAAAUCCAAUCAUCAGGGAUAGGCCUUAAAGUUGAAACUGAUGACUUGGGCAUUAGAGAGGAAACUUUCCCUUCCUUUUCCUUUCCUAACACGCCCGUUGAACCAGAAAAAGUGAAAAGCCAUUCUGUUCCAGAGUCCAUGAAAGAAAACAAUUUCAAGGGUAGUUAUUCUCCGUCGUUUGUAUAUCCAAUAACAUGCGAAUCCAACAUUUUCUCAUUGUCACCGCGCCAGAUGAACAACUUUGGAAUGAGCCACAAUAUGCCAAGUUCAGAAUCCGAUCUUGCUGGUAUAAUUUCUGCCCCAACAUCAGUCACCAAUUCACCAAUUGGGGACUUGGAUUUCUCACUUGAUGAAGUAAACAUUGAUCCCAAUUUCCCAUUUGACAUUCCUGAAUACUUCUCCUAACUUCGCAUUCAUUCAACCCACCAGAAGGCAAAGGAGGAUCAGGCAUUGAAAGAGAGAUGACAUAUGUUGACACAAGUAGUUAGUACUCCCCAUAGUUAAUGGUGAUUCUUAUUUUGUAAAAGUUUUGUCCUUUUGAGGUCAAAGGUUCAAGUCGGCCUUCCCCUUCCCCUCCCAAAACAAAAAAUUCAAAAAAAUAAAUAAAUAGUUAAUGGACUAUGAGUCUGGGUGGUUACAUUUUGCUCCCAUCUCAAACAGAUGAUGCUAGCAAAUGCUAAAUUUAAAGGGCAAAACAUACAUAACCAAGUUCAGCUAUUCUUAGGCAGAUCCUUUAUUUACAGUUCCAUCUUUUAUAAAUUAAUGCUUGCCAGGGAGAGAGAGAGAGUAAUGGCAUGAUCAAACAAACCUUCAAUAUUUUGUCACUCUUGCUUACCCCUAUAUAGAUUAGAGGUCUAUUAAGGGCUGGCCAGGACAGUGUUGCCUAUGUAAGAGGGGAUCAAAAACCCUCAUUAACU